CAAAUUAGUCCGUGGGUAAAACAAUUUUGGGGUGCGCGAAGCAACCCCAAAAGUUAAGGAAAUGAUACUAGCAGUUAGUACAGUGAAAUGAAAUACGGAGUACUGAAUUGGCAAGUACCCCCAGCGGACCAACUUCACCGUCUUCGACCUCACCUCUAGCCGCUCGGACUUCAUCUAUCGUCGAGAAUUAUAUAAACUUUGACCAAUUCAUCGGACUUUGCUGGGUAAAUAAUAUUCUUUCCCACUUGCGCCAAACGUCUAAGUUAUGCUUUCUCAAUAGUAAAUACGUCACACUCAUCAUGAUGAUUAAUGCCAAAUCAUUAACUUUCACCUGCAAUAUUUCGUUGUAUCUGGAAAAACUUGUAGGGGAUGAUCUCUGAGUUAAUUGGGGUUCAUAAAAGUACUCCGAUUUUCAGAAGCUCUCAUGACAGAACACAUUUUGCCCUAAUCUGAACUAUGUCAAGCAUAAUGAGCGUGUGAGAGGGUGUGACAUAAAGUACAAUUGUGAUGACCACUUGUGAGCUGUGACAAGAUCACAAGCGCCUUGAUCCAGUUUGGUUUUGUUGAGAGGUAUUGCUGAGCUGGUUUUUACCAGUGCACCUAUAGGAUCAGCAACAUGGCAUAUGAAAUGGACGAGCAGAAAAAGGUUGGGUUAGGUCUUAUUGGGUUUGGCAUCUUAUUCUCAUUUCUCGCCGUCAUUCUCUUUUUCGACAGGGGUUUACUUGCUCUGGGUAAUAUACUAUGGUUAGCUGGUGUCUCCCUUUUAUUGGGCUGGCGGUCCACUCUGCAAAUUUUCACUAAUAGGGUGAACUUCAAGGGCUCGGCUUCCUUUCUUCUUGGAAUCUUCCUUAUAUUUGUUCGUUGGCCAAUCUUGGGCAUAAUUAUGGAAGUGUAUGGCUGCAUUGUACUAUUCGGUGGUUUUUGGCCAUCUGUCAAGGUUUUUCUUUAUCAAAUUCCUGUCAUUGGAUGGAUCUUAAGAUACCCUAAUCUGCUUCUGGGUCGUUUUCGAGGUAGCUCUUCUUGACUGAUGACUCUUGAUUCUCCUAAUAAUUUGCUCAUCCGCAUCUUGCAAUCUUUUCUCGUGAAUGUGAUUGCGCUUAAACCAGAAAGCUCCAGGUUAAUUAUACUGCAUGGUUUGUAUAUGUUUCAUCACCUUGUCAGCCUUGAGCUAUACUAGUUUGUGAACUUUUCCUGUGCUGCACGCCUAGUUGAUUGAUAUCUUUUUUGUUUUAUUUUAUUUUUAUUAAAACUCCAACCGUUAAAGCUCUUGUCUAUGAUUGGAACCUUUCACUCAUCAUGAGCCGUGUGUUUAUACCUUACAUUUUUACACAUGUAAAAAUGGUGUAGUUAAACCCUGAAACAAUUAUACCGUUAAAUCAGGUUUAGCCCUUCUUUCUCAAGAAUUGAUCUCUCCAUGGUUUCGGUAUUUGUUAAUUGUUAUGCCAUAUUGGAUAAGCAUACAGCUUCUGCUCACGAAUGAACUUAAUCGUUUGACUUUCAUAA